UCCUCAACUUACUCUCUGCAUUUCAUUCUCUCUCUCUCUCUCUCUCUCUCUCACUCAAAAAAAUUUGCAGACUUUAAUUUAACAAUGCGAGGGCUUGCCUUAUUGUCGGUGAUAUUGUGCGCCACCUGCCACUUUGCCUUCUCUAUUGUCAAAGAUGGUUUGCUAGACAAUGGCAAUUUCGAGUGGGGUCCCAAGGCCACGGAAAUGAAAGGCACGGUGGUGAUCGGCCGGUAUGCCAUACCCAAGUGGGAAAUUUCCGGCUUCGUCGAGUAUAUAAAAUCCGGCCAAAAGCAAGGGGACAUGUUGUUGGUGGUGCCGGAGGGAGCCUUUGCGGUGAGGCUAGGAAACGAGGCAUCAAUAAAGCAAAAGAUACCGGUGACAAAGGGGUUGUACUAUUCCCUUACGUUUAGUGCAGCUAGGACAUGUGCCCAAGAGGAGAGAUUAAACGUCACCGUUGCACCAGACUCUGGUGUGCUACCAAUUCAAACAUUGUAUAGCAGUAACGGGUGGGAUUCGUACUCGUGGGCUUUCCAAGCUGAGUCCAUGGAGGCAGAGAUCAUUAUUCAUAAUCCAGGUGUGGAGGAGGACCCGGCCUGUGGUCCUCUCAUUGAUUCGGUUGCCAUCAAGGCUCUUUAUCCCCCAAGAGCAAGCAACAAGAACUUGAUAAAAAACAAUGGCUUCGAAGAAGGUCCGUACAUCUUCCCGAACACAUCAUGGGGAGUUUUAAUCCCACCAAACAUUGAAGACGAUCACUCCCCAUUACCAGGAUGGAUGGUGGAGUCACUGAAAGCAGUCAAAUACAUCGACUCUGACCACUUCUCCGUGCCAGAAGGUAAACGUGCGGUGGAGCUCGUGGCCGGAAAAGAGAGUGCCAUUGCGCAGGUGGUGAGGACGAUCAUCGGCAAGACCUACACGCUUUAUUUCUCCGUUGGAGAUGCCAGCAACUCCUGUGAGGGUUCCAUGGUUGUCGAGGCGUUCGCUGGAAGAGCCACGGUGAAGGUCCCAUAUGAGUCCAAAGGCAAAGGCGGAUACAAGCGGGCCGUGCUCAAAUUCGUAGCCGAAGCUAAUCGAACGAGGAUUAUGUUCUUCAGCACGUUUUACACCAUGAGGAGUGAUGACUUCUCUUCUCUGUGUGGACCGGUGCUUGAUGAUGUGGUGCUGGUGAGUGUUCGUAAUCCGCAGGCGCGUUUAAGGCCAUAAGAGAAGGGGUGGUGGAAGGUUUUUAGGAGCGUUUGAGUUUGUGGUGAAUCUUAUUGGUUCGUGUUUUAUAUAUGCCUGCAUAUCGAAUACUUGUUUGUGUUUUAUAAGAGAAGAGGAGGGAAUUUUAUAUGUGAGUUUUUAGAGGUCUAAUAUGGAAAAAAUAAGGGCAUAUAAAUGAUAUAUAGUUAUAAAUAUUGUAGUAAGGGGAGGUUAUAUGGUGCAUAAUAUAUAUAUAUAGAGAGAGAGAGUUUGUUUUUAAAUUUUUGAAUGGUUUAUGUAAUUCAGCAGAAUAACGUGAUAAAAUGAAUUUUAUUUCGGUUUUGGUUUUAA